AUGCGCUUGCCACCGGCAGAGUGCGGUGCAUGCGUUCACCAGUCAUUUGUUCGACUUUCACGCUCCUUUCACUGGCUCCUCGUCGUCGGCUCGUUUGAUUCGUCAGCUUUGCUGGUUUUGGCUGCCACUGCAAAGACAUCAUCUUGCAUGCACCGCACAGCAGCCCGUUGCCUCACAACGCUCGCACGAGGCAUGAUCGACCUGCGUCGCGGCCACCCGCCCACCGCAGAGCUGCCGCACGCCGCCCUGGCCAAGGCCUGCGCGGCCGCGGCCACGGACCUGACCAGUAACGCCGAAGCAGGCCUCGCGAUCCAGUACGGCGCGCCGCGCGGCUGCGCGAGCCACCUGGACACGCUGCAGCGGUGGCUCGAGCGCCGCUACGGGUCGAUGGUGCGGCGCGACGGCCUCUUCACGACGAACGGCGCGUCGCACGGCCUAGAGCUCUGCGCGGCCGCGCUGACGGCACCGGGCGACGAGGUCGUGAUGGAGGCGCCGACGUACUUUCUGGCCGCGCAAGUGUUCCGGGACCACGGGCUGUCGAUUCGCUCGGCGCCCGUCGACGCGGGCGGCCUCGACGUAGAUGCGCUCGAGCGGGCGCUCCGGGCGGGCACGUCGCGGCCGAAGGCUUUGUACGUCGUCCCGCGCCACGGCAACCCGUCGGGCGCGUCACUGGACAAAGAUAGGCGCGCAAAGCUCGCGGCGCUCGCGCGCGAGUUCGGCUUCUACGUCUUCGCCGACGACGUGUACCACCUCCUCGACUGGUCCAGCGCUCCCUUGCGGCGGCUCCUCGAGUACGACGCGGCCUACGCCUCGGGCGAGUCGGCCGGCGGCGGCGACAGCUCGGAUCCCGCCGCCGCCGCGGGGGGCGACACCGCGGCGCUCGCCAUCCCCGACGACGCCCGCGUCGUGUCGAUUUCGUCCUUCUCCAAGGUGCUCGCGCCGGGGCUGCGGUUGGGCUGGAUUGAGGCCGCGCCGUCCAUCGUCGCGGCGGUGGCGCGCAGGGGCUACGUGGUCUCGGGCGGCGGCUGCGCGCCCUUCACCGAGCAGAUCGUCGCGCGCGUCUUGGAGAGCGGCGACGCGGACACGCAUCUGGACGCGAUGCGGCGGCGAUGUCGGAGCCGCUGCGACGCGUUGCUCGGCGCGCUUGACGACGCAGCGGACGUCCUGCGGCCGCUCUGCCGACCCACCGGCGGCUUCUUCGUCUGGGUCGAGAUCCUCGUCGAGGGCGUGACGGCGGCGCGACUGCGCGACGCCUGCGCGGAGGACGUGGCGUUCCUUGUCGGGGACGCCUGCGACUGCGAUGGCCUUCCCAUCGGCGACGUCGCACCAGCGUGUCUGGACCGGCACCUACGUUUGUGCUUCGCCAUG